GGAGAGUGGGGGAAUUGAGAACGGCGGGUAAUUGGGAACAGCUAGGUAAAUAAUACUUCCCCCCACUUUACACCGUCCCGCGCUUAUUCAACAGACGCAUCCAGCGCCCCUAAGUGUACACCAAAUAGUAAGAGUGAAAGGCCACAUGUACCCUGUCACGAUGUCUCGAAACUAUAUACGAAAGACUGAAUCGAAAUACAAAAUUGAAGAUCUUCGCCAUGCAGUUGAAGAUGUUAGAAAUAAGAAGCUCACAUUAGGCCAAGCUGCUACCAAAUAUUCGAUACCAAAAUCAACAUUAUUCAAACAAUUAAAACAAAACAAAGUCAAGACACUAAAAAAAGGUCGAUCUGCUGUAUUUAAUAGAGAACAAGAAGACCAGCUAGGAAAAUAUAUACUUGAUUGCUGCAAGACUUUUUAUGGAAUAACACCAAGUUCAUUACGUAGAAUUGCUUUUCGAUUUGCUGAAGCUAAUAAGCUGAAACACAAUUUUAACAAAGAAACCCAGCUGGCAGGGAAAGACUGGUACUAUGGCUUCAUAUCUCGACAUCCUUCCAUCAGUUUACGGAUACCAGAAGCUACUUCACUUAAUAGAAUAACGGCUUUUAACGUCACCGAAGUGAAUCUGUUUUUUGAUCAACUAAAAAUUAUCCAAACAAAACACAAUGUAAUGUAAAAUGUAAACUGUGCCUCUUGCCGAAAUCAUUAAUGUGCCUAUCAUUCCUAAAACAAGAACCAUUUCAGUGCAACA